CAGCCUUCCCUGAUUGGAUCUCAGGAACGCUUUCCCCGGGUGCGGCAGGAGGAAGCCGCUCACAGACGGACUGCGCAGAGUCUCCAGCACGCGGUGCAACAAAGAAGACAGCGGAAAAUCUGUGACAUUGUAUCCACAUAAGGAGAUGAAGGCUGCACUGUGCGCAAACAAGAAAGCAAUAUCCCUCCUGUGUGCAGGAACUUUUGGGGCCACACAAGAAUGUGGAAAGCCUCAGAUAUCCAAUCGGAUCAUGGGAGGGACUAGUGCGCAGGCCGGUCAGUGGCCGUGGCAAGUCAGCUUACGGUUGAAUGGACGUCACUUUUGUGGUGGAUCUCUGAUCAGUAACACGUGGGUGGUGUCGGCCGCUCACUGUAUAACAAGCAGCGUCACCACCUCCUCACUCACCGUCCAUCUUGGUACCUACCAAAUCUCUGUGCCAAAUUCUCAAGAAAUCUCUAUUAAUGUGAAGAGUUUUAUUAAGAAUCCGAAUUAUGUGAACGCAGGAUCAAUGGGGGACAUCAGCCUCAUCCAAUUGGUGGACAACGUGACCUUCACCUCUUACAUCCUCCCCGUCUGCCUCCCUACAGCCAACGUAGUCUUCCCUAUGGGCCUCAUGUGUUGGGUCACCGGCUGGGGAAACACUCAGUAUGGCGUGAGUCUUCCGAGCCCGCAGACUCUACAGGAGGUGCAGCUGCCCCUGAUCGAUACGGCGACCUGCGAUGGGCUCUAUCACAUUCAAUCACCGAUCAGUAGCUCAGUUCCAAUUGUCCUGGAUGACAUGAUAUGUGCGGGAUAUAAAGCGGGGGGAUAUGACUCGUGUCAGGGUGACUCAGGGGGCCCCUUGGUGUGUUCUGAGAAAGGACAAUGGUUCUUGGCCGGGUUGGUGAGCUGGGGAGAAGGGUGCGGCCAACUGAACCAUCCCGGGGUCUACACCAAACUGACGUCUUAUGUCAACUGGAUUAAGACUAUUGCUCCGGACUCAGAAGGGAAUAUUGUAAAUGUCACAUUCACCAGCAUGGUUAAUAGACAAGUCUACCUGUCCCCUCCUGACACCACGCCCACCGUCAUCAACCCCUCCGCCAACCCCAACAUCACCUCCAUCACCAUCGUCACCAACACUACCAGCGGAGCCACAAGUGUCCCCAAUGUGUUUCCAGUCUUGUUUUUCAUGGCUGUGCUCAUCACAUAGAGGAUGGAUCCAUGUGCUUGUAACACCUCAUAUGUGGAGGACUCCUUUACACCCGGACACUUGUAGACUGAC